AUGCUCCAGUCUCCAGUGUUGCAGCAGCCUGGGCCGCCUGCAGUGGGCGCUGGGGAGGGAGCAGGGGAGCCGCCUGUGGCUCCGGGGCCAGCGCAGAUAGUGGCUGGCAGCCUGCUGUCCCUGCUGAUUCUCUGGACGCUGUUUGGCAACGUGCUGGUGUGUGUGGCCAUCAUCCGCUUCCGGCACCUGAGGAGCAAGGUCACCAAUAUCUUCAUCGUGUCCUUGGCCAUCUCUGACCUCUUGGUGGCCCUGUUGGUGAUGCCCUGGAAAGCAGUGGCUGAGGUGGCUGGCUACUGGCCCUUCGGGGCCUUCUGCAAUGUCUGGGUGGCCUUUGAUAUCAUGUGCUCUACUGCCUCCAUUCUGAACCUUUGUGUGAUCAGCAUGGACAGGUACUGGGCCAUCUCCAGCCCAUUCAGGUACGAGAGGAAGAUGACCCAGAGGGUGGCUUUGGUGAUGAUCAGCGUGGCUUGGGCUUUGUCUGUCCUUAUCUCCUUCAUUCCUGUCCAGCUCAACUGGCACAAAGGUGGGGAUAUUGUUGGAGGUGGACCUGGCACUACCUCAGCAGCAGCAAGCACUGGCACCACCUGGGCGGAAGGGAUUGGCAGCACCUGGACAGUAGUAUUGAGACCUUCUGAGGGGACCCUCGGCAACAAUGAGACUCUUGAGGAACAGGCUGAGAGCUGCGAUUCCAGCCUCAACAGGACCUAUGCUAUCUCCUCCUCACUGAUCAGCUUCUAUAUCCCUGUGGCCAUCAUGCUAGUCACCUACACGCGGAUCUACCGCAUUGCCCAAGUGCAGAUCCGCAGGAUUUCCUCUCUGGAGAGGGCAGCUGAGCAUGCACAGAGCUGCCGGAGCAACCGUAUUGACUGCCACCACCACACCAGCCUAAAGACUUCCAUCAGAAAAGAGACCAAGGUCUUGAAGACCCUCUCAGUCAUCAUGGGAGUCUUUGUCUGCUGCUGGCUGCCCUUCUUCAUCCUGAACUGCAUGGUCCCCUUCUGUGAGAGCCCCCCUAAUGACCCCCAUGCUGGCCUUCCCUGUGUCAGCGAGACCACCUUUAAUAUUUUUGUAUGGUUUGGCUGGGCCAACUCAUCGCUCAAUCCCAUCAUCUAUGCUUUCAAUGCUGACUUCAGGAAGGUUUUCUCCAACCUCCUAGGGUGCAGUGAGUUUUGCUCUAGCACUCCAGUGGAGACAGUCAAUAUAAGCAAUGAACUCAUCUCCUACAAUCAAGACACCCUUUUCCAUAAGGAAAUAGUGACCGCUUAUGUCAACAUGAUCCCUAAUGUGGCUGAUUGCGAGGAUGAUCCUUUCGACAGGAUGUCCCAGAUCUCCCCAGACCAUGAGAUUGCCACUGACUCUAUGUGUGAGCUGGACUGUGAGGGGGAGAUCUCCCUAGACAAAACAACACCUUUCACCCCAAAUGGUUUACAUUAAAUUGCAUCAUGUCCUGUCUGUUGUAUGAUCCAGUAAAAGCAAAUUACGAACACAGAAUGAAAAGACUACUGGACUCUAAGCUGUAGUUUGGUCAGGCAAUUCACUCCAACUGUGUCUAGCACUUUCAGGGUUUAGAAAUUGCCACACAGAGUUGAUAAAAACAAACUUAAUUCAACAUCCCCCAAACUGAGAGAGGUUUAGGAAGCUAAAUCAGCUCUGGGGUAUGAUUACAGUUAGUGUUUGUAAAAAGCUCUGAAGAUGGAAAAUGCUCUCAAAGUAUAAAGUAUCAUGACCCCUAAGAACAGGGACAGAUGUAAUGGUCACUAAAAAGAAAAAUUAUUAGAUUGUCUGUUCAAUUCUUGUUUUUGUUUGAAUUUUAUGUGGAGCUAAGGAUUAGAG